UGUGGAAGUCGAAUGUGUCCCAACAUCCCUUAUCAUGCUCUGGAAGUGGGAGAGAAAGAGAAUGAGAGAGAGAUAGAAGUCUCUGGCUGACGAAACACAAGGACUUGUAGCUAAAUCCCAGCUUUUCUAAGAUUUCUUUCUUUUGUUCUAUCUUUUCAAGGGGGUGGCCUGUCUCAGGGGAGCCAUACUAGGCCUCUGGGAUUCUGCACACAGGAAAUCCUGUCUUCUUCGCCUUGUCUUCUUUCCCUGGACCUGCCGUUCUCCAGACUCGCCAUGUUGCCUCUCUGGCUUCUCCUGUUCCCUAGCUUGAAUCUUCUGUCUGGAAACUUAGCAGAGGAAGGCCUGGCGAUCCCUAGCUUUGAUGGCAAGGACCGUGUGCUGGACAUCAAUGAGAGGAACUACAAGAAGGCACUCAAGAAAUAUGACAUGCUGUGCCUGCUGUACCACGAGCGCCUGUCAUCUGACAGGGAGCUCCAGCAGCAGUUCCGAAUGAGGGAGAUGGUGCUGGAGUUCGCUGCCCAAAUCCUGGAGGACAGGGACAUUGGCUUUGGAAUGGUAGAUUCUCAUAAGGAUGCCAAGGUGGCCAAAAAGCUUGGUUUGGAAGAAGAGGGGAGCAUUUAUGUCUUUAAGGACGAGCGUGUGAUUGAGUUUGACGGAGAGCUUUCUGCAGACACACUGGUGGAGUUCCUGCUGGAUCUGCUGGAGGAUGCGGUGGAGCUGAUUAGUAACCCCAUGGAGCUCCGAGCCUUCGAGAGAAUGGAUGAAGAUAUCCGCCUCAUUGGCUACUUUAAGGGCAGAGAUUCAGAGCACUACAAGGCUUUUCAGGGAGCUGCAGAGCGUUUCCAGCCGUAUGUGAAGUUUUUCGCCACCUUUGACAAAGGGGUGUCGAAGCAUCUGACUCUGAAGAUGAAUGAAGUGGACUUCUAUGAGCCCUUCAUGGACGAGCCCGUCACCAUACCCGGCAAACCCAACUCAGAGGAUGAGAUAGUGAACUUUGUCAGUCGGCAUCGAAGGCCAACACUGAGGAAGCUGCGUGCAGAGGACAUGUUCGAGACUUGGGAGGAUGAUAUGGACGGGAUCCACAUUGUGGCAUUCGCUGAAGAGGAGGAUCCAGAUGGAUAUGAAUUCCUGGAGAUCUUGAAAGAUGUGGCCCGAGACAACACCAAGAACCCUGAUCUGAGUAUACUGUGGAUCGACCCUGAUGACUUCCCCUUGCUGACUGCCUACUGGGAGAAGACCUUUAAAGUUGACCUCUUCAGGCCUCAGAUUGGCGUGGUCAAUGUGACAGAUGCGGACAGUGUGUGGCUGAACAUGCCCAACGAUGAAGCUCUGCCCUCUGCUGAAGAGCUGGAGGACUGGAUCGAAGACGUCCUCUCUGGGAAGGUCAACACUGAAGACGAUGAUGUUGAUGAUGAUGCAGAUGAUGAUGAAAGUGACGAUGAUGAUGACGAUGAUCGUGACAGUGAUGAUGAUGAUGACGAUGACGAUGACCUUGAUGAUGAUGACAAUUGAUUGAUCAAAGUGUUAAAAGAAAAACUUCCUCAAACGAUCUAUAGUUUAUAGUUUAGCUCUAUAUAUUUUGUACGUUUUAUGCCGUAUUUAUUGUAUGUGCCAAUAAUAAUUAUAACACGAUUCCAUUGGUGCUUCUGUAAAAGGUGAACUUACUUAACUUACUUAUUGCUUAUUGGAUAGACUGGCUCAUAAUAGCAUUCUAUUUCUGUAGAAUUUUAUCCUUCUUUCAUUUUUCUGUAACAAAUCUUUCAUUUAGCCGCUCGAUGAACAAGAUCCUGUAGCAGGUCCUGUCCUUGUUCUGAGAUGGUGACAGUAAUGGUGAUUAAAAUCUGGACUCUGUGGUGACAUUUUCAUUCUGCACUUCAUUAAAGCUACACAAUUGAUUUCUA